AUGGACGUCAAGACUGUCGAGUUUACUCCCUUCCAGGACCAGAAGCCCGGAACUUCUGGUCUCCGAAAGAAGGUCGUCGUUUUCCAGAAGCCGCACUACAGCGAGGCGUUCGUUGCCAGCAUUCUGCUGUCCAUUCCCGAGGGCGUUGAGGGCUCUUCCCUUGUCAUUGGUGGUGACGGCCGGUUCUGGAACCCCGAGGUCGUCCAGCUGAUUGCCAAGAUUGGUGCCGCCUACGGUGUCAAGAAGCUCAUCAUCGGCCAGAAUGGAAUCCUUUCCACUCCCGCCGCCAGCCAUGUCAUUCGCAUCCGCAAGGCUACCGGAGGCAUCUUGCUCACUGCCAGCCACAACCCCGGUGGCCCCAAGAACGACUUCGGUAUCAAGUACAACCUGGCCAACGGCGGCCCUGCGCCCGAAUCCGUCACCAACAAAAUCUUCGAGACCUCCAAGACCCUGACAUCAUACAAGCUCGCUUCGAUCCCCGACGUUGACAUAUCCACUGUUGGCACUAAGACCUAUGGCGCCCUAGAGGUCGAGAUCAUUGAUAGCACUGCUGAUUACGUCGCUAUGCUCAAGGACAUCUUUGACUUUGACACCAUCAAGAAGUUUUUCUCCUCCCACCCCGACUUCAAGGUCCUCUUUGACGGCCUCCACGGCGUCACUGGACCCUACGGUACCGCCAUCUUCGAGAAGGAGCUUGGCCUUACCGGCGCCACUCAGAACUGCGUGCCCAGCCCCGACUUCAACGGCGGACACCCCGACCCCAACCUCACCUACGCACACUCCCUGGUGGAGGUUGUUGACAAGAACAACAUCCCCUUUGGUGCUGCCUCUGACGGCGAUGGCGACCGAAACAUGAUUUACGGCGCCAACGCCUUUGUUUCCCCCGGAGACUCUCUCGCCAUCAUUGCCCACCACGCCAAGCUCAUCCCCUACUUCCAGAAGAACGGCGUCAACGGCCUAGCUCGAUCCAUGCCCACCAGUGGCGCCGUCGACCUGGUCGCCAAGGCACAGGGCCUCACUAGCUACGAGGUCCCCACGGGCUGGAAGUUCUUCUGCGCGCUUUUCGAUGCCAAGAAGCUGUCCAUCUGCGGAGAGGAGAGCUUCGGCACUGGUAGCGACCACAUCCGUGAGAAGGACGGUCUGUGGGCUGUCAUUGCCUGGUUGAACAUUAUUGCUGCCCUUGGAGUCCAGAACCCUGGUGUCACCCCUUCAAUCAAGCAGAUCCAGAAGGACUUCUGGACCCAGUACGGACGCACAUUCUUCACCCGAUACGAUUACGAGGAUGUUGACUCCGAGGGCGCCAACAAGGUUGUUGGCGAGCUGGAGAACUUGGUUGCCAACCCCAGCUUUGUGGGCAGCAAGAUUGGCGAGCGCACCGUCACCAAGGCCGGUAACUUCUCAUACACUGACCUCGAUGGCUCAGUCUCAUCCAACCAGGGUCUCUACGCUGGCUUCUCUUCUGGCAGCCGCAUUGUCGUCCGUCUCUCUGGUACCGGCUCCUCCGGCGCCACCAUCCGUCUCUACAUUGAGCAGCACACCAGCGACCCCUCCAAAUAUGAUCUUGAUGCUCAGGAUUUCCUCAAGGAUGAAGUCAAGUUUGCGACAGAGCUGCUCAAGUUCAAGGAGCACAUUGGCCGUGAUGAGCCUGAUGUCAAGACCUAA